UGGCAGAUGGAUGAAAGGUAUGAGAGUACAACACGGAGAAAGGCAGGUGAUUUGCGGUGAUUCGUUUUUUAUUUACUUGCAAAAUAAUGUGAAGGAAAAGGUUUAUAAAAGUUUUAUAACUAAAUUAAAGAAUAUAAUCUACAUAUCCUGUUUAAAUUUGAAAUGAUUUUAAGAAAGGAUUUUUGCCUGUCACUAUGCAGAGGGAGGAAGAAAAAGAUUGUCACUCUAAUAGCAAUGUUAAUAUUUUUAAUAAAUGCCAUGUUUUAUGUGAGUCUAGAACUAUACAAAUUGAAAACGAAAAAUAAAGAACCUUGGUUCAAAAGUUUACACUUUGAUGAAAACUCUUAUGUAGAUAAGAGCGGAAUGAGGGUCAUAGUUGGACACUAUGUUGGUGGCAGCGCUGGAGGAAAUCUCUCAGAAGAAGAAAUAAACGCCAACAACUAUUCGCCAGUGCCCGGGGCGGGGGAGGGUGGAAGACCAGUCCAGCUGUCUCCACGCGAGCUCAUCAGGGCAAGAGAGCUGUAUGCCCUCCACUCGUACAAUAUACUCGUUAGUGAUAAGAUAUCCAUUAAUCGCAGUCUUCCUGACAUGAGGAGUGAAAGUUGUAAGCAAGUACAGUACAAUAUAGAUAGUCUGCCUACAGCAAGCGUCAUCAUUGUGUUUCACAAUGAAGCUUGGUCAACCCUCAUGAGAACAGUCAUGUCUGUUCUACUGCGGUCACCGGAGUCAUUAUUAAAAGAGAUUAUUCUAGUAGAUGACGCUAGUGAAAGAAAGUAUCUAGGGAAAGAGUUGGAAGAUGCAGUGGCUAAGUUGGACAAAGUUCGAUUGCUACGUAAUAAGGAACGCAAGGGGCUGGUCGGUGCUAGGCUUAUGGGCGCGAGGACUGCAUUGGGGGAUGUGCUGCUGUUUCUAGACGCUCAUUGUGAGGUGACACCGGGAUGGAUUGAGCCUCUAUUGGACCGGGCAGGGAGCGACGAUGUGUUCAUCUGUCCCCAUAUAGACUUACUAUCAGAGGACACUUUAGCUUACACGAAAAGCAUAGACGCGCAUUGGGGCGCAUUCAGUUGGCGGUUACACUUCCGAUGGUUAAUGCCCAGUACUGAAGUGCUAUUGAAGAAGUCAGAAGACCCUUCGAAGCCGUAUCCUACUCCUGCGAUGGCUGGUGGACUAUUUGCCGUAAGGAAAAGCUUGUUCUGGCGAUUGGGUGGCUAUGAUGAAGGUAUGCUCAUAUGGGGGGCGGAAAACUUAGAAUUGUCUUGGAGAGCGUGGCAAUGCGGCGCUAGGGUCGAAAUCACAUCGUGUUCGAGAGUCGGGCACAUAUUUAGAAGGCACAGUCCUUAUAAGUACCCAGGUGGAGUCGCCAAAGUAUUGAACGCGAACUUAGCUCGGGCAGCAUCCGUUUGGAUGGACGAAUGGGCGGACUUCUUCUUCAAGUUCAAUCCGGCUAUAGCAGCUAUCAGAGAUUUACAAACCGUAGCAGAUAGGGAUCAGCUCAGGAAAAACUUGAAAUGCAAAAGCUUCAAAUGGUAUUUAGAGAAUGUAUGGCCUCAGCACUUCUUUCCAACUGACGAUAGGUGGUUCGGGCGGAUUAAGAACGAUAAAGGAGCUUGCAUAGGUGUAACUGCUGGGACCCCAGGGUUGGGGGGUCCGGCGGCAGGGGUCCACUGCGCCAGUGACCUCGACCUUGAAAGGUUAGUGGUGUACACUCCAGAAGGCCGAAUCAUGGCGGACGAAGGCUUAUGUUUGGAGCAAGGAAAUGGUCGAGCGGUGUGGAAAAGUUGUAGUGAUAAAAAGAAACAAAUUUGGCAGCAAAAAGGACCAAGGUUGAAGACUUCUAGUGGUCAGUGUUUGACACUAGUUGUAGCCAAUGAUAAACACGGGGUCGGGGAUCCUUUGACAGCUAAAAGGUGUAGGGAGAAGGAUACAGGACAGAUUUGGCAUUUUGAACGCGUGCCUUGGCGUUGAUGUGAUAUAAAUGUUAUUUUAGUUGCAAGUAUUGUUAAAUUAGUGGCUUGUUAACACAGGCAAGUUAUCGGAGAUUUACGGCAAAAUGCCGUCAAAGUAUGUUUAUUUGAAAACAAAAUUUAAAAUUAGAAUCGCGAAUUCAAAUUUGAUAUUGAAUUGAAUUUGAUUUGAUUUUUUGAAUUUCGAUUGUUUUGUUAUAGUCAAAAUUUUAAUUUUAAAUAUAUACAGCAUAAUGAUGCAUCACUUUGUACUUUUUUAUCAAUAUUUGGAAAGAUGGCCUAAAAUAACAUUUUAUAAUAACCUUGCCUAAUAAACUUACCGUGAGAUAACUUUUAUAUUUGUAAUUAAGAUGUUUGUACUUUGAUUAUGUGUAAAUUUAUUACAUGAAGAGGUCAGCAGAGCAUGAAUUUUAAUUAAUUUUCUAUUAACCUCUUACCAACAUUUUUUAAUAUAAUAUUCCAAUCACAUGUGAUAGUAUUAGAAACAUCUCUGUUGACUUGUCUUAGUAAAUAUAGAAUGUUAAAAUCGCCUCGAAUGUAAUAAGAUCUGGAAUGUUCUGUACAAAAUCUAGUACAUAUUCGCAUUUAUAACACGAAGUACCUGUGAUUGUAACUUAGUAAAUAAGAUAAUUUAGAUUUAUGUAUAGGAAAGACUAUUAUUUGUGAUUAUUAUUUUUAGGUUCAAAGUAUAAUUUCAAAUUAUGCAAUUUUUAUAGAGUAUAUUUAAGCGCCUAAUAAUUUAGCUUUUUUAAAUAAAUUUUAUUAAAAUACUCUUUAAUAUUAAUUGGAUUUUUGUAUUGUAACUUCUUUUUUAUGUUUUUUUAACAAUUAUUCUGCUAAAAAGACUAGUCGGUCACUUUUUUAUAACAGAUUAUUUUUUAUUCUGGUUUUGCAUUAAAUGUUUGCCUAAUUUAUUCAUAAAGGUUGUGUAUCUCCCAUAUGUAGUAACAAAGCACUGAAGUUCAAAUUUUAAGAGAAUAAACAUAUAUG